AUGCUCUUUCAUAGAUACCGUGAACUUCAUUGCCUCCAUCCUCUUGCUGCGUUGGUUUCCAGCUGCUUGGAGAUCCUAAACAAGUUUGAGAGCUAUGAGACUUAUCAUAUUUAUAGGGAGAAGAAUACUGACAAUUUUGCUAAUUGGAGUCAUAAUCUGGAUUCUGGACCUGUGUAUGCGUCUCCUGGUUGGCUUGGCUCGAUGUUGGCCGAUGAACUGUUGGGGUUGUCUAAACAUCGUAUGAUUAGUGUUGCCUAG